CUCCUCAACAGUUUUAUUGCUGCUUUGAACAACUGAACAACGGAAAUUCGCUACGAUGUUUGUCGCCGCUUGUGAGAGUGUAGUAGAGUAGUAGUUUAGUGUGUGAUUCGUUGCUGCAUUUUGUUGAGUAGUAGUACAACAAACGAAAAUAUUUGUGUGGUACUAAAGAAAAAAACACAAAAAUAAAAUACCUGCAUGUUGCUGAGAAAAGGUGUUAACAGAUUUAUGUGAAAUUAAUGUAAAGUGCAUGAAAUAAAUCUAGGAACUCAAUGGAAGAAAGUAAAGCCUAGGUAAAACAGGAAAAGGCGCAGAAUCAAGCUACGCCUUGUGGGAAUUUAUAUUAAAAAAUUGUGUAGUGUUUCAUAUAAAUAUAUAUUAAAACCAUUUAAGUUGUACGAAGAGUGUAGCCAGAAAAUACUCUGCAACAAAUUAUUAUGAAAUCUUUUACACUUGCAUUUGUGUGAAAUCUUUUGCCGAUAUGUGAAGAGAUAUAUUAUUGAAACGAAAAUCGUAAAUCAAUUCUAUUAUAAUUUUUAUGGUCUUGGCAAAGAAGUGAAAAUCGCUUUUUCACAGCAAGGUGCAAGCAAAACAAGAAAGAAAAAAAAAAUAAUCACGAGCCAUAGGUAGCAAACAAAAAAAUUGAAGAAACAUUCCCCUACAAAAAAAUGUGCAAUUGAGUGAUUCCCUAAAGAAAAUUUGAUAAAAAAAUACGGGCCAAACAAGAGUGUAAAUCAAAACAAAAAAGAAGCAAAGAAAAAGAAAUAGCAAAAACAAAAUUAAACGAAACACCAAACGAGCAACCAGCCAAACAACAAAACAAAACCUAAAGAAAACAUAAAAACAAUAAAUUUUGUGUAAAUGUUGUUGUAGUGGUGUUAGUGUGGUGUGGAGCAGUGAUUGAGGGCUGUCAGUUUACUGUUUUGGUUUCUUUGCUUUAGUGUUGUGUUCUUCUAUCAACUAGAAUAACAACAACAUAAAAAAGUAACGAUAACAGCAGCAGCCACUGAAAACGAAAUACGAAGACGACCAAAAAAAAAAACAACAAACAUCUACUACACCAUCUUCAAGCAAAGUCUGAAACGAAGACUUCACAUAGGAAGCUGGCGUAGUACGCAAAGAAAAUACAACACGCACUUUAGCACUGUAACACCCCAUACAAACAAGUUAGCACACACCCAACCACCCACCCAUAAGAUAUACAGCCCGUGCUAGCUAGCUAAUCAAUUAAAAGCCGCUCUCUCUCUCCGGACAUCCAACCACCCAUUCAUUUCAAGCACCGCCGCCGCCAACAACACCACCCGUACACAAUGCAUAAUAGCAACGGUAAUUUCUCCGUUGGCCGCCAGGGCAAAGAGAAACGUUUUUCCAUCCAUGACGCCUUCGAAGAGGAGACCGAUGAGGCUAUACGUGUGUACGGGUCCACAGUUAUAUCGACGCCAAUGCGUUCAAAGCAACGCUCCACAGAUGAUGUCUCCAUACGCAUCCAAGAUCCAAAGGGUUACAACAAAUAUGCCGAAGAUACCACGUCACGUGACAGUGACUCGCUCAUACAGGAAUACGGCAACAUCUCCACAGACGAAGUAAGCACCUACUGUUGGCGGCAUCCAAAAGUACGAGAAAAUUGGCGCACAGUCCUGGCUGCUGUCACCCUGCUUAUUGUGGGCACUGGCCUCUUUGUGAUGGGCACAUUUGCUGUGGCCGAUCCGGCGAAUACAUCACAGGGAGUUGUCUUCUUUGUGGCCGGUCUGAUAUGCUUUAUACCAGGUGCCUAUCAUGUGGUUUACAUAUGGCUGGCAGCCAAGGGCUAUCGAGGGUUUGAUUUUUAUCAUUUGCCACUGUUUACAUAAGAAGAAGAAGAAGGAGAAGUCUCUUUAGCUUAGUAAGACACAAAAAAACGUUUAAAGUAAACAAGAAGGAGAAAAAAACAACAAAAUAAAACGAGUAUGUAAAAGCAAAUAUCCUGCGCCCGAAACACACACACCCACACCCACUCAAGCAAGCGAAAUGAAAAGAAAAAUCUCCUCUUCUAUUCUUCUCCAUUACUUUGUACAUUUGAAAUUAAGUUUAUUAAAGUAACAAAUAUUUUUUUUUCAAAUGGUGGUUAAAUCAUUUUUUUUCUUUUAUAAGAAAAAAAGGGAAAAUAUUUUUAAAUUAAAAAAUAAAAUUUAAAGUAAAGAAUUCAUUUAAUAUUUACCCACCUUUAUUUAAAGUGAAAAAUAAUAAAAAAAAAGAAACUAUAUUGUUUAAGAAGGAAAGAGAUUUGUUGUUGAUCAUGGGUUUUUGGAGUUUUUCCUUAAAACAAAUUAUGUAAGAGAAACAUUUCGCCCAAAAGCCAAGGAAAAGAAUAUGAAAUGAAUGUGUAUAUCAAAAUAUUAUUUGUAAAAUGUUUUAUACUCCUUUUUUUAGAAAUUGAUACGAAAGACUAUAUAUUUUUUAAAUACUAUAAGGCAUAGUUUAAACAAAAAAAAAACAAAAAUAUUAAAAAAUUAUUAUUAUAAUUAAUUUAAUAAUCAGUAACAAGUAAAUAUGAAAACAUAAAACUUGAGAGAACAAAUUAAGAAAACACAAUCUAUGUUUAUCAAAAGAGAGAA